CAUGACGUUCAUCCAUCCCCCUUAUCCCAAUUGGCAAGUCUGGAUCUUGAACCUAUAACUCUAAUUGAGAAACUCGUCCGAAAUUACAGUUGGUUUUGGACUCGUGAAGCCUCAAUGCGGGGUAGUACCUUGCUCUAUCUUUGCAUAUAGCCGAUACACAUUUGUGGGUCGAGGCAGGGAUUUAGAUUAAACAUUUAGAAACGGAGAAUAAAGACGUUUGAUGUAGAAAUAUUGUGGAUGCAAUUAUUGCAUAUCCAAUACCUUUGCGGGAUAUAUUGAAGAAUGCCACUUUAAGGUCCAGUGGCCAGAUUGAAUAUAGUGGAGACCAGAUGUGCUUUAAAGUUUCUCUUGGGAGAAAUGAUGGAUGAAGGGGCUGCAAAUGACAGAUGUAGGGGUACUCCGGAUGGAGCAAACGAUCUUGGAUCUAGAUAUAUAAGUUGUAUCUGCUCUCAAGUUUAGAGAAAAUCAUCACACUCACAUACUCUCUUUCAACAACUAACUACUUCACUCUUUCAAACAAAUCUUCACAAUGGUUUCUGCAUCUUCCCUCCUUCUCGCUGCAUCAGCUAUCGCUGGUGUCUUCUCCGCUCCGGCCGCAGCACCCGUCAGCGAGAACUUGAACGUUUUGCAACAAAGAGCAUUGACUUCUUCCGCUACUGGUACAAGUGGUGGAUACUACUACUCCUUCUGGACCGAUGGAAGCGGUGGUGUUACCUACUCCAACGGAGCCGCUGGUCAAUACGCCGUAACCUGGACCGGUAACAAGGGAAACUUUGUCGGUGGAAAGGGAUGGUCCGUUGGUUCCGAGCGAUCCAUCUCCUACAGCGGAUCCUACAAGCCCAACGGAAACUCCUACCUCUCCGUCUACGGUUGGACCACCAACCCCCUCAUUGAAUACUACAUCGUCGAAGACUUUGGUACCUACGAUCCUUCCUCCGCCGCCACCGAGAUCGGCAGCGUCACCUCCGACGGUUCCACCUACAAGAUCCUCGAGACCACCCGUGUAAACCAACCUUCCGUGCAAGGAACUGCUACCUUCAAGCAAUACUGGUCUGUCCGUACCAGCAAGCGUACUAGCGGUACCGUUACCACCAAGAACCAUUUCGCUGCCUGGAAGAAGUUGGGAUUGACUCUCGGAUCUUCUUACAACUACCAAAUUGUCGCUGUUGAGGGUUACCAAAGCAGUGGUUCCGCUACCAUCACUGUUUCUUAAAUUUGCGAUGGAUAAGAGAAGGGGAGAUUGGGGGAUGGAUGAGUAGAUAAGGGGUGGAUGGAGAAUGGAUGGAGAGUCUUAGGAAUCUUGUUUCUUGUAUAUAUUCCUUACGGUGCUGUUUCCGGCAAUACCGGAUGUUGUCGUUUUUAUAGGCCUGUACAAAGCAUGUGUAUGGCGACGAAUUUAUAAUGUUAUCUACGCUUUCGAAAGAUCUUUACAGCUGUUCAAAUAUCACAUUUCCACGAACGAUCGAUUGAAUGGAACUGUCAAUUGAAGGGUAACAUAA